GGCUGACUGACCCCGUUCAUGGUCCUUGCAACCUGGGUGAAGCUGAGGUCAGGGGACCAGUAAUGACCGCUGGGGGUGGAGGGAUCAGGGUGUGGACCUGAGCAGGAGGGGAAAGGCCAAUCCUUGCCCUCAGGCAGAGUUAAGAAAGGGGCCUGCCCUCCCUUCCCCUUGUCUUCUCCAAUUUUAAGCUGGGAAAGAGGCCGGGGGAUCUUCAUGUGAGCUUUUAUCUUUCAUGAAAGGGUGACAUUUGUAUAUGCUCUGGUUCAUUAUGAGAGCUGCUGUUAUCAGGGCCAAGGAUAUUUCUAUCCAGCUCCAAGCUUCCCUGCGGGAGGUCAUUCUGUCCAUCCCCCUGCUUUCACAGAAGCCAGUCCAGGGAGAGCGUUCUUUCUCAGUUGGAGCAUCUGUUGGGUUGGAAAUCCUUCUCCAAACCUGAAUCCUUCCUGCUUCAGGGAAAGCCUCUGCCUUUCUGUGACCUCUGCCUGUUCCCUCAAAAUUGGGAGGUGCUCACAAGCCCUGUCCUUGGUACCUGCAUCUUCAUGGGCCCUGGAACCCCCAUCUAGCUUCUGCUGGUUGAGGGAACAGGGAAGCUUGCUUUGGGAAGGACACGUGUAGGGGAAUGGGGCUGCCUCCAACUGUGGGCCCUUCAGGGGUCUGCUGAGCCUAAGUACCCUUGUAGCCUUCCAGCCAAGCAGUGCCGAGAACCAGAGGAGGCUGCUAGAGAUGAGAUCUGAAUGGGGCCACUGCUUGUGGGGAUGUCAGCCCUGGGGAGGGAUGGGGCUGGAAGGAGCUAGGAGACUGGACUGAGUCACUCCAAGCUCUGUUUGGGACCACAGCCACCCUCUGCACACUGUCACCUAUAGCCACACAUGGUCCCUGGGACCCAGGUCAGCUUUGUCUGGGAAGCUGGGCCCAUGGUGCAAGCCACCAGCCCAUCUGGAGAGGAUUAGGGCUCUAGACGACAAGGUCGGCUGGCCCCUUCUGGCCUUGCCAGGAAGUUUGAGGCCUAGGCAAGCAGCACCCUGUCUGGGGAACAGUGAGGAGAGAGGGUGGAGCAUGGUAAAGCACAGGAGGUCUUUUUGGCAGCCCCAGCCCUGGCCUUGAGAAGGUCUAAGCAGUUUGCAAAGCCCUCUUCCCUCUGUCGUCCCAUGGAGCCUCAUGAAUGAGGUUGCAAGGUGGGUACUUUGGCCCCAUACAGAUAGAUGUUCAAGGCCCAGAGAGGGUAAGAGCCUGGCCUGAAACCACUCAACAUAUCUCAUUCUUUCUGGGGUCUUUGGCACACACUAAAGACCCUUAAGGCUUCUUCUUCCCCCAGGAGAUCCAGGCACCGCUGUGAAGGACGGUGCCUUUGGUGUUUUGUGCCCCUCCACCCAGGCUUCUGCUCUGUGCCUCCUCUUUCCCUUCCCUUGCUAUCAGACAUGCACUUGACAAUGAUAUUUGUUAAACAGAUUCAGAGGAACUUGUCAGGGCCUUAAAGCAUCAGUUCUCCUGGGAGCGCUUUCAUUUUCUAAAGAGGGCAAGGCUGAGCACAAGUCUUGUUCACAUGGGGGGUUUUAAGGCCUCAGCCUCUCUUCCCCUUUGCUGGUCCCUCUUGGGUAUGCUCCUUGCUCUGCUGGCAGGACUGUGCUGGAGGAGCUGUGGGCCAAGACCAUUAGAAACAGAGCAUCUAGUUUGGGCAGUCACUUAAAUAAUUUCAUCUCUUAGAGCCUCUGUUGCCUUACCUAAAAAAUCCCACCCAGCCACCCAGAUCCCACCCAGCCACCAACUCCCAGGGCUGCGAAGUGACUAAAUGGGACAAUGUAGCAUUGCUGAGCAGAGAGCAUCACCUAUGAAAAGAUUCUCUCGGUUCCUGAGGGAGCCAUCCAGGCUAUAAAAGGAAGAUGGCUGGAGGGGGCUGGAGGGGCUGGUUGAACAGGGCCUUGGAAGGAGAUCCCAAACCAGAGCAGAUCUUAGACAACAGUUAGGCAACUGUGACCCCGAGAAAGGAAUUUCUUUUCCCUCUCAUUCCCCCUCUCUGCUUAGGGUAUUCAUUCAUCUAACAAAGAUUUUUUAAGCACCUGCUGUGUGCCAAACUGGUGAGCAAGAUGGACAUAGCCCUUGCUACCAGAGAACUUAGAGCUUAGAGGGGGAGACAGACACUUCAUUACUACAAAUACAGACUUAUCCCAGACUGGGCCAAGUGCUCAGAGGUUAUGGACACUGGCCUGACCCAGUACUGUGUCCUCAGCACCUUGGCAUUAGUUGGCACUGUAAUACUUGCUAAAAGAAGGCCACCUAGUGGAGGUGAUGUGAGAGCUGAGGCUUAGAGGGUGGGAGUUAGGGUUAAGGUUAGGGUUAGGGUUAGGGCUUCCUGGCUUCCUUUGCCUUCUUCACGGGCCCUGCCUUCCUCCUCACCUCCCCCACUCAGCCCAACAGUCAGCAUCUCCAGCAGGGAUGUCAGAGUCCCCUGGAGUCCCACACAGGGGUCGGGAUGCCUCAGAUGGGCCCAAGCCCAGGAAUGGUUUGUCCAGCUGGUGCGUGCAUCUGCCCCCCUUUCUAGGUAUAUUCUAGGACUGCGUUCAGCUCAGGGGGUGGCCUGGAAAAUGGAUGAAGGUGUGGGGCCUGCUGACCGACCAUCAGGAAACCUGACCCGGCUGGUUAAGCUCCUCUGUCCUCAUUUCCCCCUCUGCUAAGAGGGGAUGAUUAUAGCGUCAGUACCUCGGGUGAUAGCCCUGGUGCUUCUUGAUCCUGUCUGGGAAGGGCCGGCAGACUAGGCAGACUGCGUAGCAGCUAGAGGGAAGGUGUCAGACACGGGGAGCCAACCACAAAUAGGUCCUUCUCCCAGAGGACCACUGAGAGAGAGUUCAAGACUCUGGUGCGGGCACACGUAGAAUGAGAGCAGAGACUCCCUCCAGGAGGGAAAGACACUUAAGGGAUAGGCUUAUUAGCAUGAAAUGCAAAUAAGCCUGGCCUCAUUUGCACAACUCGGUGCCUUGUGCAGGGAUUCGGCGAAAGGGCAACCUGGGAGGCGUCUGCGCAGCAGCAAACUCUGCCCUCUCCAACUGCACUCCCUGCAACCCUCCCGGGACGGAGCUGAGACAGCCCCUCCCCGCUACCACCAACCUCACUCAGCGGGAGGCUUGGGUGAUGCAGCCUUGGGAGAGUGCAAAACGCCGGGGAGUCUUGGUAGGGGGGCGGGUGCAGGAGGUCAUCGGGUCCAUCCGUUUGCCUCUCCGCAGUAGCGGUAAGCGAGCGGAGAGGGAAUAGACUGACCUGCUUGGCUCCGUCGUGUCUGUCUCCCAAAUAGGUGGGGAAAUGCUUCCAGACGUCUUAAUCCUUGAGGCCCUCCCGACCCUGCUUCACCCCAGCGCCCAGAACCCGGUUCCCGGGUAUCUACAUCCUUUAGGGGAAGCGCUGGCUGUGAGAGGGAGCUGGAGCCGACUGAGCUCCGCGACUUUAAGGAGAGGCUGGGCAAGGGCCGGGGUCUGCACCUGGGUGUGCGCGCGCGCGUAGCUGCAGACCCUCGUGGACCUGCUCCCGGGAGCGUGGAGGUCUGCGAGGAGAGUAGCCCAGCGAAGCUCCUGUCCUGCAGAAGUCCCGGCAGGCGUGAGUCCAGCUUACCCAGGGCGUCUGGAGACCACCCCCGCCCUGUGCCCUGGCCAGCCGCUGGCUCCCUCUGACUUGGUUCCGGUUUCUUCGCUUCAGUAACCAUAUCGGAACUCGAGAGGGAGAAACUGAGGCACGGAAUGGGGUCUUGGCAAAACUGUGCAGGUUCAGAGUCGGCAAAGCCCAGCUCUAUGCUUCUACCGAUUCCCACACACUGGAGGCCCCCACAGGUCCCUUCGCGGGAGCCUCUCUCUGCUCCGCAGCUGUUCUUGGAGAUCCCAGCUCUUGGUCCGACGUGACCUGCCUGGGGCUACGUGUUCAAGCACGAAGGUCCCUAAUGAAGCUCUGGAGUUUCAACGUGAGGCCUGGGUCAGCGGGUUAGGGUUAGAAGAUUAGGAUCAAAGUUGCAGAAGGAACCUGGGAGGAGCACCAACAAGCCCAAAAUGUUGGUGGAGGCCACGCCCAGACCUUGCCUGUCCCAGCCUUUCCUUGGCUCCUCCCGUUUCCCUAGGACGAGCCCCCUCCCUCCAGGCUGAAGCCCUAGGCCCGGGACUUCCCCUCCGCUCACCCCUUCCUCAGUCCCGCUCCCAGGCUCAACUCCCGGGUGGGCGAUUAAUAAAUGGAGACCCAGGAUUUCGCUCAAGGACCCUGGUCACAUCCCUCAUCGGGCCGAGUGCCUCCCUUCAGCUCUAGGCCCUCCCAGAGCUGGGCCCGCCCUCCGGCUGCCGUCCAAUUCGGGGUGGGGGACAAAUGAUGCCCGGGGGCCGGCGACGCUAUCCCAGGACCCCAAGCCAAAUACUCUGAUUCCCUGGGGCUCCCUCCAGAGGAGUCCCGGAGCCCCCAGCGGCCAAUAGGAAAGUGGGUUCGGUCUUGGUAGCCGUCUAAUUGGCUCCUGCCUUCAGGGGCAAGGGGAGGGGAGAGGGGCGGUACCGGGCUUUGGGGUGGGAACCGGAUUCCAGCUGUGGCUCUCUCCCUCUGCGCCCCCGCCCGCACUGCCACUGCGACCGGCCAAUGAGAGUGCAGCUCGGGGCCGGCGGCGCGCGGCGAUUGGCUACGAGGUUGGCUGGGGAGAGGCGGGGCCGAGGCUUGAAGUUGGAGUGAGGGAUCCAGCUGUGGUGUGCGCCGGGCUCCUCGCCGCCGCUUUCGCUUGCUCGCUCCGCGUCUCGGCCGGAGGAGGAGGCAGUGGCGCCGGCGACAGCAACGGCAGCGGCAGCCACCGCGGCGGCUGCGGCGGCGGCAUCUCCGCCUCCACCCCCGCCCGGGACGGCCCCACCACCACCUCCCCGCCCCUCCUGGACCCGGAGCCAGCGGCCGAGCGGAGGAAGGAGCCGCCCCCCACCCCCUCCAAACCCACCCCCAAAGAGAUUCCUCCUCCCCUCCCCCGCCGCCGUUGGCGCGGAGCCGGGACGAUGCUGACCCCUUAGAUCCUGCUCCAGCUGCGCCGCGGGAAGAGGGGGCGCCCCUCCCCGGAGGCCCCCCCCGCCCUCCGCCCCGCUUCUCUCUCCCCUUCUUGGGGCCGCUUCGCGGAAGGUGGCGCCGAAUCUGGCGACCGGAGCCUGGGCGCGAAGCGAAGAAGCCGGAACAAAGUGAGGGGGAGCCGGCCGGCUGGCCCGGGGGGCCCCGGAGGCCCUGGGGAAGCGGGACUCGCGCCGGGCGGGGCUUCCCUGCGACCCGGCGCCCCGCGGGCAGCAUGCCCCUGCGGGCAGGGGGAGCUGGGCUGAAUUGGCCCUCUCGGGGCUCAGCCUACGCCCUAGAGCCCCCCAGAUGUGCCCCCUCCGGGGCCCCCCGGUUGCGUGAGGACACCUCCUCUGAGGGGCGCCGCUCGCCCCUCUCAAGACCUCCCGGGGCCCCGGCUGGCCAGAGGAUGGACGAGGAGGAGGAUGGAGCGGGCACCGAGGAGUCAGGACAGCCCCGGAGCUUCAUGCGGCUCAACGACCUGUCGAGAGCCGGGGGCCGGCCGGGGCCAGGGUCGGCGGAAAAGGACCCGGGCAGCGCGGACUCCGAGGCGGAGGGGCUGCCAUACCCUGCACUGGCCCCGGUGGUUUUCUUCUACUUGAGCCAGGACAGCCGCCCGCGGAGCUGGUGUCUCCGCACGGUCUGUAACCCCUGGUUUGAGCGCAUCAGCAUGUUGGUCAUCCUUCUCAACUGUGUGACCCUGGGCAUGUUCCGGCCGUGUGAAGACAUUGCCUGUGACUCCCAGCGCUGCCGGAUCCUGCAGGCCUUCGAUGACUUCAUCUUUGCCUUCUUCGCCGUGGAGAUGGUGGUGAAGAUGGUGGCCUUGGGCAUCUUUGGGAAGAAGUGUUACCUGGGAGACACUUGGAAUCGGCUGGACUUUUUCAUCGUUAUUGCAGGGAUGCUGGAGUAUUCGCUGGACCUGCAGAACGUCAGCUUCUCAGCUGUCAGGACAGUCCGUGUGCUGCGACCGCUCAGGGCCAUUAACCGGGUGCCCAGCAUGCGCAUCCUCGUCACGCUGCUGCUGGACACGCUCCCCAUGCUGGGCAACGUCCUACUGCUGUGCUUCUUCGUCUUCUUCAUCUUCGGCAUCGUUGGCGUCCAGCUGUGGGCAGGGCUGCUUCGUAACCGAUGCUUCCUGCCCGAGAAUUUCAGCCUCCCCCUGAGUGUGGACCUGGAGCGCUACUACCAGACAGAGAACGAGGAUGAAAACCCCUUCAUCUGCUCCCAGCCCCGCGAGAACGGCAUGCGCUCCUGCAGGAGUGUGCCCACGCUGCGCGGGGACGGGGGUGGCGGCCCGCCCUGCGGCCUGGACUACGAGGCCUACAACAGCUCCAGCAACACCACCUGCGUCAACUGGAACCAGUACUACACCAACUGCUCUGCGGGGGAGCACAACCCUUUCAAGGGCGCCAUCAACUUCGACAACAUCGGCUAUGCCUGGAUCGCCAUCUUCCAGGUCAUCACGCUGGAGGGCUGGGUCGACAUCAUGUACUUUGUGAUGGAUGCUCACUCCUUCUACAACUUCAUCUACUUCAUCCUCCUCAUCAUCGUGGGCUCCUUCUUCAUGAUCAACCUAUGCCUGGUGGUGAUUGCCACGCAGUUUUCAGAGACGAAGCAGCGGGAAAGCCAGCUGAUGCGAGAGCAGCGUGUGCGAUUCCUUUCCAAUGCCAGCACCCUGGCCAGCUUCUCCGAGCCAGGCAGCUGCUACGAGGAGCUGCUUAAGUACCUCGUGUACAUCCUCCGUAAAGCAGCCCGAAGGCUGGCCCAGGUCUCCCGGGCAGUGGGCGUGCGGGCCGGGCUGCUGAGCAGCCCAGCACCCCGAGGGGGCCAGGAGCCCCAGCCUAGCAGCAGCUGCUCCCGCUCCCACCGCCGUCCAUCUGUCCACCACCUGGUGCACCAUCACCACCACCAUCACCACCACUACCACCUGGGCAACGGGACGCUGCGGGCCCCCCGGGCCAACCUGCAGAUCCAGGACAGGGAUGCUAAUGGGUCCCGCCGGCUCAUGCUGCCGCCACCCUCAACCCCCGCCCUCUCCAGGGGCUCACCAGGGGGGGCAGAGUCUGUGCACAGCUUCUACCAUGCUGACUGCCACUUGGAGCCAGUCUGCCGCCAGGCGCCCCCUCCCAGGUCACCAUCUGAGGCAUCGGGCAGGACUGCGGGCAGUGGGAAGGUGUACCCCACCGUGCACACCAGCCCUCCACCGGAGAUGCUGAAAGAGAAGGCACUAAUGGAGGUGGCCCCCACCUCUGGACCCCCCACCCUCACCAGCUUCAACAUCCCGCCUGGGCCCUACAGCUCUAUGCACAAGCUGCUGGAGACACAGAGUACAGGCACCUGCCAAAGCUCUUGCAAGAUCUCCAGCCCUUGCUUGAAGGCAGACAGUGGAGCCUGUGGCCCAGACAGCUGUCCCUACUGUGCCCGGGCUGGGGCAGGGGAGGCAGAGCUCACCGGCCACGAUAUGCCUGACUCAGACAGCGAGGCGGUUUAUGAGUUCACACAGGACGCCCAGCAUGGCGACCUCCGGGACCCCCACAGAGGGCGUCGGCAGAGCCUGGGGCUGGACGGGGAGCCCAACUCUGUGCUGGCCUUCUGGAGGCUGAUCUGUGACACCUUCCGAAAGAUUGUGGACAGCAAGUACUUUGGUAGGGGAAUCAUGAUCGCCAUCCUGGUCAACACGCUCAGCAUGGGCAUCGAAUACCACGAGCAGCCCGAGGAGCUCACCAACGCCCUGGAAAUCAGCAACAUCGUCUUUACCAGCCUCUUUGCCCUGGAGAUGCUGCUGAAGCUGCUCGUGUACGGUCCCUUCGGCUACAUCAAGAACCCCUACAACAUCUUUGACGGCGUCAUCGUUGUCAUCAGCGUGUGGGAGAUCGUGGGCCAGCAGGGGGGCGGCCUGUCGGUGCUACGGACCUUCCGCCUGAUGCGGGUGCUGAAGCUGGUGCGCUUCCUGCCGGCGCUGCAGCGGCAGCUCGUGGUGCUCAUGAAAACCAUGGACAACGUGGCUACCUUCUGCAUGCUGCUCAUGCUCUUCAUCUUCAUCUUCAGCAUCCUGGGUAUGCAUCUCUUCGGCUGCAAGUUUGCAUCCGAGCGGGACGGGGACACGCUGCCGGACCGGAAGAAUUUUGACUCCCUGCUCUGGGCCAUCGUCACUGUCUUUCAGAUCCUGACCCAGGAGGACUGGAACAAGGUGCUUUACAAUGGAAUGGCCUCCACGUCGUCCUGGGCUGCCCUCUAUUUCAUCGCCCUCAUGACCUUUGGCAACUAUGUGCUCUUCAACCUGCUCGUCGCCAUCCUGGUGGAGGGCUUCCAGGCGGAGGAAAUCAGCAAACGGGAAGAUGCGAGUGGACAGUUAAGCUGUAUUCAGCUGCCUGUCGACUCCCAGGGGGGAGAUGCCACCAAGUCCGAGUCAGAGCCCGAUUUCUUCUCGCCCAGCCUGGAUGGCAAUGGGGACAGGAAGAAGCGUUUGGCCUUGGUGUCUCUGGGAGAGCACCCAGAGCUACGGAGGAGCCUGUUGCCACCUCUCAUCAUCCACACGGCCGCCACGCCCAUGUCGCUGCCCAAGAGCUCCAGCACUGGCCUGGCAGAGGUGCUGGGCCCUGCCUCCCGCCGCACCAGCAGCAGCGGGUCGGCCGAGCCAGGGGCGCCCCACGAGAUGAAGUCACCGCCGAGCACCCGCAGCUCCCCGCACAGUCCCUGGAGUGCAGCGAGCAGCUGGACUAGCAGGCGCUCCAGCCGGAACAGCCUGGGCCGCGCCCCCAGCCUGAAGCGGAGGAGCCCGAGUGGGGAGCGGAGGUCCCUGUUGUCGGGCGAGGGCCAGGAGAGCCAGGAUGAGGAGGAGAGCUCGGAGGAGGAGCGCACCAGCCCAGCGGGCAGUGACCGUCGCCAUGGGGGCUCCCUGGAGCGGGAAGCUAAGAGCUCUUUUGACCUACCGGACACACUGCAGGUGCCGGGGCUGCACCGCACAGCCAGUGGCCGCAGCUCAGCCUCUGAGCACCAGGACUGCAAUGGCAAGUCAGCCCCGGGACGCCUGAUCCGGGCCCUGCACCCUGACGACCCCCCGCUGGAUGGGGAUGAUGGCGAUGACGAGGGCAACUUGAGCAGAGGGGAGCGGAUGAGAGCAUGGGUCCGAGCCCGUCUCCCUGCCUGCUGCCUAGAGCGAGACUCUUGGUCGGCCUACAUCUUCCCUCCUCAGUCAAGGUUCCGCCUCCUGUGUCACCGAAUCAUCACCCACAAGAUGUUCGACCAUGUGGUCCUUGUCAUCAUCUUCCUUAACUGCAUCACCAUCGCCAUGGAGCGCCCCAAGAUCGACCCCCACAGUGCUGAACGCAUCUUCCUGACCCUCUCCAAUUACGUCUUCACCGCCGUCUUUCUGGCCGAGAUGACAGUGAAGGUAGUGGCGCUGGGCUGGUGCUUCGGGGAGCAGGCCUACCUGCGCAGCAGCUGGAACGUGCUGGACGGGCUACUCGUGCUCAUUUCCAUCAUCGACAUCCUGGUGUCCAUGGUCUCGGACAGCGGCACCAAGAUCCUGGGCAUGCUGCGCGUGCUGCGACUCCUGCGGACCCUGCGCCCGCUCAGGGUGAUCAGCCGGGCACAGGGGCUGAAGCUGGUGGUGGAAACGCUGAUGUCCUCGCUGAAGCCCAUUGGCAACAUUGUGGUCAUCUGUUGUGCCUUCUUCAUCAUUUUUGGCAUCCUGGGGGUGCAGCUCUUCAAAGGGAAGUUCUUCGUGUGCCAGGGCGAGGACACCAGGAACAUCACUAACAAGUCCGACUGUGCUGAGGCCAGUUACCGGUGGGUCCGGCACAAGUACAACUUUGACAACCUUGGCCAGGCCCUAAUGUCCCUGUUCGUGCUGGCCUCUAAGGAUGGCUGGGUGGAUAUCAUGUAUGACGGACUGGAUGCUGUCGGCGUGGACCAGCAGCCCAUCAUGAACCACAACCCCUGGAUGCUGCUGUACUUCAUCUCGUUCCUGCUCAUUGUGGCCUUCUUUGUCCUGAACAUGUUUGUGGGCGUGGUGGUGGAGAAUUUCCACAAGUGUCGGCAGCACCAGGAAGAGGAGGAGGCCCGGCGGCGGGAGGAGAAGCGUCUCCGGAGAUUGGAGAAAAAGAGAAGGAAUCUAAUGCUGGACGAUGUAAUUGCUUCCGGCAGCUCCGCCAGCGCGGCGCCAGAAGCCCAGUGCAAACCCUACUACUCGGACUACCCCCGCUUCCGGCUCCUCGUCCACCACCUGUGUACCAGCCACUACCUGGAUCUCUUCAUCACCGGUGUCAUUGGGCUGAACGUGGUCACCAUGGCCAUGGAGCACUACCAGCAGCCCCAGAUCCUGGAUGAGGCUCUGAAGAUCUGCAACUACAUCUUCACUGUCAUCUUUGUCUUGGAGUCAGUUUUCAAACUGGUGGCCUUUGGCUUCCGACGGUUCUUCCAAGACAGGUGGAACCAGCUGGACCUGGCCAUCGUGCUGCUGUCCAUCAUGGGCAUCACGCUGGAGGAGAUCGAGGUCAACGCCUCCCUGCCCAUCAACCCCACCAUCAUCCGCAUCAUGAGGGUGCUGCGUAUUGCCCGAGUGCUAAAGCUGCUGAAGAUGGCUGUGGGCAUGCGGGCGCUGCUGGACACAGUGAUGCAGGCCCUGCCCCAGGUGGGGAACCUGGGACUUCUCUUCAUGUUGUUGUUUUUCAUCUUUGCAGCUCUGGGCGUGGAGCUCUUUGGAGACCUGGAGUGUGACGAGACACACCCCUGCGAGGGCCUGGGCCGGCAUGCCACCUUCCGGAACUUUGGCAUGGCUUUCUUAACCCUCUUCCGAGUAUCCACAGGUGACAACUGGAACGGCAUCAUGAAGGACACCCUCCGGGACUGCGACCAGGAGUCCACCUGCUACAACACUGUCAUCUCCCCGAUCUACUUCGUGUCCUUCGUGCUGACAGCCCAGUUUGUGCUGGUCAACGUGGUGAUUGCCGUGCUGAUGAAGCACCUGGAGGAGAGCAACAAGGAGGCCAAGGAGGAGGCCGAGCUGGAGGCUGAGCUGGAGCUGGAGAUGAAGACCCUCAGCCCCCAGCCCCCCUCACCGCUGGGCAGCCCCUUCCUCUGGCCUGGGGUCGACGGUCCCGACAGUCCCGGCAGCCCCAAGCCUGGGGCCCCGGAGGCCGCGGCCCGUGCCGGAGCAGCCUCCCACUUCUCCCUGGAGCACCCCAUGGACAGACAGCUGUUUGACACCAUAUCCCUGAUGAUCCAGGGCUCCCUGGACGGGGAGCUGAAGCUGAUGGACGAGCUGGCAGGCCCAGGGGGCCGGCCCUCUGCCUUCCCUCCCGCCCGCAGCCCGGGCGGCUCCGACCCACAGAUCCCUCUAGCUGAGAUGGAGGCUCUGUCUCUGACGUCAGAGGUUGUGUCUGAACCGCCCUGCUCUCUAGCUCUGACGGAUGACUCUUUGCCUGAUGACACUCACACACUCUUACUUAGUGCCCUGGAGAGCAAUAUGGAGUCCCACCCUGAGGAGGUGCCCAUCCUGUUGGGACCAGAUCUGCUGACUGUGCGCAAGGCUGGGGUCAGCCGGACACACUCUCUGCCCAACGACAGCUACAUGUGCCGGGAUGGGAGCACUGCCGAGGGGUCCCUGGGACACAGGGGCUGGGGGCUCCCCAAAGCUCAGUCAGGCUCCAUCCUGUCCGUUCACUCCCAGCCAGCAGACACCAGCUACAUCCUGCAGCUUCCCAAAGAUGCCCCCCUUCUGCUCCAGCCCCACGGUGCCCCCACCUGGGUCACCAUCCCCAAACUGCCCCCGCCCGGCCGUUCCCCUUUGGCUCAGAGGCCCCUCAGGCGCCAGGCAGCAAUAAGGACGGAUUCCCUGGACGUGCAGGGCCUGGGCAGCAGGGAAGACCUGCUGUCGGAGGUGAAAGGGCCCGCCCCGCCGCCGCUGGCCCGGGCCUCCUCCUUCUGGGGCCGCCCCAGCCCCCAGGCGCCACCGCACUCCCGCAGCCAGAGCAAGAUCUCGAAGCACAUGCCCCCGGCAGCCCCCUGCCCAGGCCUGGAACCCGCCCGGGACGAGGGCCCACCAGACACCAGAAGCAGCUUAGAGCUGGACACGGAGCUGAGCUGGAUUUCAGGAGACCUCCUGCCGGUGGGCGGCCAGGAAGAAGCCCCAUCCCCGAGGGACCUAAAGAAAUGCUACAGCGUGGAGGCCCAGAGCUGCCCCCGACGGCCUCCAUCCUGGCUGGAUGAACAGAGGAGGCAUUCCAUCGCUGUCAGCUGCCUGGACAGUGGCUCCCAACCCCGCCUGGGUCCCAGCCCCUCUAGCCUCGGGGGUCAGCCUCUUGGGGGACCUGGGAGCCGGCCCAAGAAGAAACUCAGCCCGCCCAGUAUCUCCAUAGACCCCCCGGAGAGCCAGGGCCCUCGGCCCCCACCCAGCCCUGGCGUCUGCCUCCGGCGGAGGGCUCCAUCCAGCGACUCCAAGGAUCCCUCGGCCUCCGGCCCUCCCGACAGCAUGGCUGCCUCGCCCUCCCCAAAGAAAGACGUGCUGAGUCUCUCUGGUUUAUCCUCUGACCCAGCAGACCUGGACCCCUGAGUCCUGCCCCCGCCCCCCACUCACCUUCUCCACUGGGUGCCAAAUCCUAGCUCCUCCUCCUGGGCUCUAUUCCUGAAAAACGUUCCAUAUGGACACCAAGGAGGCCCUCCCCCUGCCUCAGUGGCGCUGGGCACCUGCAAGCAGAAUUUCUGGAGCGUUAGAAGCAGCAGCCCUGGCCACCCUGGCUCCAGGCAGAGGGAGAGAGGCCCAGGGAAGCUGAGGUUCCCGACACCAGGAGCUGUUGGGAGAAAGCAAUACGUUUGUGCAGAAUCUCUAUGUAUAUUCUAUUUUAUUAAAUUAAUUGAAUCUAGUAUUUGCGGGAUGUACAGCAUUUUGUGACUGAAGAGACUUGUUUCCUUCUGCUUUUAUGUGUCUCAGAAUAUUUUUGAGGCGAAGGCGUCUGUCUCUUGGCUAUUUUAACCUAACUAGUCUAGUUAUAUUCCCUCUUCUUGCAAAGCACAAGCUGGGACCGAGAGUGCAUUACAGCCCUGGCGGGGGCCUGUCUUCAGUGGAGAGCAAGAACCAUUUUGGAAACUGCAAUGUAACUUAUUUUCUCCUUUAACCUCAUCAUCCUUUUCUGUAGGAAAAAAAAAAAAAA